ACAGCUGUCGGUUAGAGAAAGUUUCUAGCAGCAGGACAGAAUAAUGGUGGACAUUAUUUUCCAGCUUUAUUUUGGAGAGCAUGUAGGACUCGCGCGCUGCUCGAGUCUGUGUAGUGAUCAUGAUCUUUGCUCAUUCUUCAUCCGUUAAUAAGCAGCGCGCGCUGUUCACUCGCCUCGUUUCUGUUUUUAUUAAGGAACAGCUUCGGCACUGGCUUUUUCUGAUUUUUUUUUAUUAAAGAUCAAAAAUGAACAGAGAGUUGAACAUCACCGUUGGGGAUGAUGAGAACUGGACUUUGCCCAACGUGUCCAGAGAAUACACCGUACGCCGGAGCAACAUCACAUAUGUUGGAUUUUACCUGCAUGAGCCAUCAGUAGCAGCUAUCUUCAUAGUUUCAUACCUGCUCAUAUUCUUGGUCUGUAUGGUUGGCAAUGGAGUUGUGUGCUUCAUUGUCUUAAGGAGCAAGAAUAUGCGUACUGUAACUAACCUGUUCAUUCUCAACCUGGCUGUCAGUGACCUCCUUGUUGGGAUAUUUUGCAUGCCAACAACUCUUCUUGACAACAUUAUUACAGGUUGGCCAUUUGGAAACAUGAUUUGCAAAAUGAGUGGUAUGGUCCAGGGAAUAUCUGUCUCUGCCUCUGUCUUUACUCUGGUUGCUAUUGCGGUUGACAGAUUCAGAUGCAUUGUUUAUCCCUUCAAGCAAAAACUGACGAUAUCGACUGCCACACUCAUCAUUGUAAUCAUCUGGGUCUUGGCCAUAUCGAUCAUGUGCCCCUCUGGAGUCAUGCUUCAAGUGACCAAAGAGCAAACUAUCCGUGUCUUUCUUGGGGAUGGAAACAGAACAAGUCCUUUCUACUGGUGUCGGGAAAACUGGCCAAAUCAAGAGAUGAGAAAAAUAUAUACCACUGUUUUAUUUGCCAACAUAUACUUGGCCCCUCUAUCGCUAAUAGUGAUCAUGUACGCGAGGAUUGGGAUCACUCUGUUCAAGACGGCUGUGCCAACAGGUGGAAAGCCUGGCCAUGACAACCGCCAUAAUGUGUCCAAAAAGAAACAGAGAGUCAUCAAAAUGCUUCUGGUUGUGGCCUUCCUUUUCAUCUUAUCCUGGUUGCCUUUAUGGACGCUAAUGAUGCUUACUGAUUAUGCCAGGCUUACUGAAAACCAGUACAGGCUCAUUAACAUCUAUAUCUAUCCUUUUGCCCACUGGCUUGCCUUCUUCAACAGCAGUGUCAACCCUAUAAUUUACGGUUUCUUCAAUGAGAAUUUCCGGCGUGGAUUUCAAGCCAUUUUUAAGUUCAACCUGUGCUCGGUGAGCGGUCAUCGACGGAAGACCUAUUCCCAUAGAAUGCAGAGUAACUCUGUGCUGCCAGCUAAUCCUCAUCCCUCUACUGAACCUAUCUCACUGAACAGUGUGGACAACUCCAGGGUCAACCAUGUGAAUGAGCAAGACUUAGUCAUGGAGGACCUAGAAAAAGUAUCUGAAAGCAGUUUGGGGGGAGCUUCACUCUAAAGGAAGGGAUGUAAAGGUCCGGUCUAGUGGGGAGGUGGUUGCAUUCAGUUUUUAUUAUAUACAAAGUGUUAUAUAAUGUAAAGUAUCUAGUGUUUUGGUAUGUAUAUUGUUCGAUAUGCAUUUAAGUGGCAUUCCUGUUUAAGGGUAAAAUCUGUUUGCGAGUACUGAAUUGACACUUAAUUUGGGUGUCAAAACAAAACAAAAAAAAGCCCAGACGCAACAUUUCUGCAUUUGUAUUUAAGUAAUACAGUUCCAUAAGGUCAGGACAAAGUAAUCUAGUCUUGCUGAGUUUUGGCACCAAACCCAAAUUGUACAGCGAAACCGUAACAGGAAACAAAUUCAUCCAGUCAAUGGAAAAAAAACCCAGAAUAAAUAUUUUUAAGAAAUGAAGAUUUUUUUUAUGUAUGGUAAAAGGCUGGACAUCAUGUUUUGGGUGAAGAAAUCUGCAGCGUUCUCUGGGAGCUAAGGAGGGAUGGAUUAAUAUUGACAUUUCUUUUUAAAAAUCUAUCCUAUUAUAAAAAAAUAUUCAUACUGUGUGGCUUCUGUAGUCAAACAGCGUGUGACCCUGAGAUAUAAAAUGUUCUAGGACUUAUUAUGUGCAGGAUAGGCACUACAACUUCUGCAGGCGUUUUUCGCUCAGCUUGUUCGCUAUUGCACUCACACACAAUCACAAAAAUGGAGUGAGAGAAAAUGUGUGUAGUAAGUGAUUAUAUAAUUAAACAUAUCAGUAUGUAAAUGCCGUUAUAAUAAAAUGCCAUAAUCACUUUUUUUGAAGGGGGGUAUCAAGGGGUUACUUAAGCAAUCCCAGAACAAAGAUAUGUAUUUUAUUAUGUGUGAUGAACUCAAUUUUUUCAAGCACUUAACCAUCAAGAUAUUUGAACUAAUGGGUGUAUUGUAUAGCAUGUUGAGCUGUGCAUUGUGAACUAGCACAUCAAUCAUUCAUAGACCAUAAAUAAAUUCAACAUAUUGCAUAUGCUGUUUAUCCAUGAGGAAUGAUGGAAGGAUAUGUUUAAUUUAGGGGAUGCCUUUCUUUGUUGCUUUACAGAACAAACUGACAACCAGACAGAGAAUUUUGGCGAGGGAGUUUUGUAUAUUUUGCUUCAAAUAUGCUUGAAAAAGUUAGCUGGUUGUGGUUGUGAAACAUGUCGUGUUUGAUCAACAAUCUGGGAGUCUUCAGCAAAAAUGCCUUUGCAAACUAGAUAUAGCAAAGGUGAGAAAAAGUGUGAAAAAAGAAAAAGAAGAAGAAAAAAAAACAUUUUGGUGAGUGAUCUAAUUUGAAAGCCUGACAGCUUGGAAAAGGAGUUCAAAGUUAUGCCAAGGUUACACGCUACAGGGAAAGGAUAAUCACCCAAUCAAUGAUAAUAACAAAGUCUAGACCUCUGGAAAUUAGGUAGUUGAGCAGAAUUGUGUUUUGCUGCUGGCAAAUAGUGUCUGUUAGUGAGAUACAGCUGUGAGAGACAGAAAGAAUUGAUUAUGCAGCCUGGGAAGUUUAUUGGAGAGUUGGUCCCCUAGGUUUUUACUAUUUAUUUAUUUAUUUAUUUAUUUAUGUAUGUGUGCAAGUAUAUAAGGGUGUAAGAAAGUGGAAAACAAAACCCAUAUGAAUUAAAAAUAAACUGUUCUGGGAUACAAUUACUCUACCCCCCCCCCCAUAUAUCUUUAUUGUUAGCUCCAUAACUGCAAUGACCUUAGAAAGACUAAGAUCUGUAAACAUCAUUAGAAAGCAAGCAACAUGAAUGAUGCUGUUCCUUCUAAACUGAGGCUGGAGUAUAAUUAAUCAUAAUGCUGUAGUAAGGGACAUUAACAAAAAAUAAAAACAAUAAUAAUUAUAUUACAACAAUAAUAAUAAUAAUAAUAAUAAUAAUAAUAAUAAUAAUAAUAAUAAUAAUAAUCUCAACAACAUAAGGACAUACAGAGUGUUUAAUAAUAUAUAAAUAUAUAACAUAAAUGUAUUAAAUAAUACAAUUAAU